AUGCCGGUCAGGAAACCGAGCAAAUAUGGCUCCAAUGUCCGGUUUGCCAACAAUUCCUCUCGACGACCCCGGACCAAGACAGUCGAUGCAUCCUCACUCCGUGCUACCGAAGGAACCUCCCAGGAUGAGAAGAUCCAAGCCACUCGACUGGCCAACAGCAUAGAUGAGGCUAUGGGAUUUCCCAGAUAUGAAUCAGGCAGGAAAAGAGUUGGAUGGCUAUAUAACAUGCAUAGCACAUCGAUCGAGGACCCCAAAGUGCCGGGUGGCCGCGCGGGAGUGGAUUUCUACUUUAUCGGCGACGACGGCGAGAACUUCAAAGCCACAGUCGAGUACGAUCCAUACUUCUUGCUGGCUGUGAAGCGAGGGAGAGAAGCUGAGGUGGAAGAGUGGUGCAAAAGAAUGUUUGAAGGUCUGGUGAAGGCAGUGGCUCGUGUUUCGAAGGAAGAUCUACGAAUGCCGAACCACCUGGUCGGAUACAGACGAACAUUCCUCAAGCUCACAUUCGCCAAUGUUUCCGACCUACUGUCAGUCAGGAAAACCGUGAUGCCUAUCGCGCAGAAAAACAAAGAGAAGGCGAACGCUAUGGACACAUAUGCAGAAGUUGCCAGUGCCGGCGCCGGCUUCGACAUUUAUGACGAGGAACAAGCCAGCGACAUACGCUCGAACAGCAUCUCCGAGGCCAGCGACUUUAUCCUCGACAUUAGGGAGUACGACGUGCCGUAUCACGUCCGUGUGACCAUCGACAAAGACAUUCGCAUCGGAAAAUGGUACACGGUGGAGGCAAAACACGGCUCGGUAUCUCUCACUUGUCUCGAAGAGCGGUUACAGAGAGCUGAUCUGGUCGUGCUCGCCUUCGAUAUUGAAACGACCAAACUACCCCUCAAAUUUCCCGACGCAGUCAUUGACCAGAUCAUGAUGAUAUCGUACAUGAUCGAUGGGCAGGGGGUUCUCAUCACCAACAGAGAAAUCGUCUCCGAGGACAUCGCAGACUUCGACUAUACUCCAAAGGCAGAAUAUGAAGGCCCAUUUUUGAUUUUCAACGAACCGAACGAACGCGCGCUCAUUGAACGAUUCUUUGCUCACAUCAAAGAGGCACGACCCAACGUCAUUGCUACAUACAACGGCGACUUCUUCGAUUGGCCGUUCGUGGAAGCAAGAGCGAGUGUACUCGGAAUUGACAUGUAUGCGGAGAUCGGGUUCCGGAAGAACAGUGAUGACAUCUACCAAAGCGACUACUGUGUCCAUAUGGAUUGUUUUGCUUGGGUCAACAGAGACAGCUACUUGCCUCAAGGGAGCAGAGGUUUGAAGGCUGUGACCGUUGCCAAACUAGGCUACGACCCGGACGAAUUGGAUCCCGAGCUCAUGACUCCCUACGCAAGCGAACACCCACAGAUACUGGCCGAGUACUCAGUCUCCGAUGCGGUGGCGACCUACUAUCUGUACAUGAAGUAUGUGCAUCCUUUCAUUUUUGCACUCUGUACCAUCCUCCCACUCAACCCCGACGACACGUUGCGAAAAGGGACCGGCACCCUCUGUGAGAUGCUGUUAAUGGUGCAAGCGUACCAAAAAAACAUUGUUCUACCCAACAAACAUGCGGAACAGAGAGAGGCUUUUUGGGAGGGUCAUCUGCUCGAGUCAGAGACCUAUGUCGGCGGGCAUGUGGAGAGUAUCGAAGCAGGUGUGUUUCGGGCGGAUAUCCCGGUCAAUUUUGCCAUUGAUACAACAGCCAUCGACGAGCUACUACGUGAUCUGGACGCCGCGCUGAAGUUUUGCAUUACCGUUGAAGAAAAGAAGUCCCUGGACGAUGUUACGAAUUAUGAAGAGGUUCGGGCUCAGAUUUGCGAAAAGUUGAAUAGCCUGAAAGAGACCCCGAACCGGAACGAACGGCCUCUGAUAUAUCAUCUGGAUGUAGCUUCCAUGUAUCCCAACAUCAUGACGACCAAUCGCUUGCAGCCUGAUUCGAUGAAGGCGGAAUCGGAUUGUGCAGCUUGUGACUUCAACCGGCCAGGAAAGACUUGCGAUCGACGGCUGCCCUGGGCAUGGAGAGGAGAGUUCUUGCCGACGAAAAGAGACGAGUACAACAUGAUCCGGAGAGCGGUUGCCAACGAGACCUUUCCCGGGAAAUUCCCCAAGUCACCGAGAAGGACAUUUCAAGAACUCAGCCCCGAUGAGCAAGCUGCAAUGGUGCGGAAGAGACUCCAGGAAUAUUCGAAGAAGAUCUACCACAAGAUCCACGAUUCCAAAACCAUUGAGCGGGAGGCCAUCAUUUGCCAACGAGAGAAUCCGUUCUACGUGAAUACUGUGCGCGAUUUUCGGGAUCGACGUUACGAUUUCAAGGGUCAGCAGAAGGUCUGGAAGGGCAAGACGGAAGCUCUCAAAAGUUCGGGUGCACCAGCUCAAGAGAUCGAGGAGUCCAAAAAGAUGGUCGUCCUCUACGACUCCCUUCAGCUAGCACACAAGGUCAUCCUCAACUCUUUCUAUGGCUACGUGAUGCGGAAGGGUUCAAGAUGGUAUUCACUGGAGAUGGCGGGCGUUACCUGUCUGACCGGUGCUCACAUCAUUCAGAUGGCGCGAGAACUUGUGGAACGUAUCGGCAGGCCGUUGGAGCUGGACACUGACGGGAUCUGGUGCAUGCUUCCGGCGACAUUUCCCGAAAAUGUGGUUUUCACACUGAAGAAUGGGAAAAAGAUGGCCAUCUCCUACCCUUGCGUGAUGCUCAACCAUCUCGUUCAUGCACGGUUCACCAACCACCAAUAUCAAACUCUUGUCGACCCGGCCGCGUUCAAGUACGAGACGCACAGCGACAACUCCAUCUUUUUCGAAGUUGAUGGGCCGUACAAGGCAAUGAUCCUACCUACUUCCAAGGAAGAAGACAAAAACUUGAAAAAGCGAUAUGCCGUCUUCAACCACGAUGGCACCCUCGCCGAGUUGAAAGGGUUUGAGGUCAAGCGCAGAGGUGAAUUGAAGCUCAUCAAAAUCUUUCAAACUCAAAUCUUCAAGUUCUUCUUGGAAGGGACCACUCUGGCCGAGACGUACGGUGCCGUUGCCCGAGUUGCCAAUCGAUGGCUCGACGUACUGCACCAGCAUGGUUCUACUCUUGCGGAUGAAGAGUUAAUUGAUCUGAUUUGCGAAAACAAAAGUAUGACCAAGACCCUGGAAGAAUACGGAGCGCAGAAGUCUACCUCUAUCACCACGGCGAAGAGACUGGCCGAGUUCCUGGGAGAUCAAAUGGUCAAAGACAAGGGUCUGAAUUGCAAGUACAUCAUCUCCGCCAGACCGCGAAACACCCCGGUCACUGAACGAGCCAUUCCAGUUGCCAUUUUCUCCGCCGAGGAGGGAGUCAAGCGGUUUUUCCUGAGGAAAUGGUUGAAAGAGGAUCCUACAGAUAUGGAUCCCAGGACUGUGAUCGACUGGGAUUACUACCUGGAACGCCUGGGCUCGGUGAUUCAGAAGCUGAUCACCAUUCCUGCCGCCCUGCAGAAGGUCAGAAACCCGGUGCCUCGUGUUGCGCACCCGGACUGGCUGCAGAAGCGGAUCACGGCGAAAGACGAUAAACUCAAACAAAAGAAGGUGACUGACCUUUUUGACAAGCUGCCCCUGGCUGAACGGUCGGUCAACCUGCUCGACCAUCGGAUCUCUAGCUCAGGGGACAUCGAAGACGCUCUCAACGCCGGGCUGAAGUCCCGUGGGCCCGUCACCAAAUCGGCCAAGAGGAAGGCUGACGAAAACACCAACCAGUCACUGGUGGACCCGUUUGCCACGCUGCCUUCUGAUCCUCCCGCGAUCGACGAAGAUUACAGCGGUUGGCUGGAGUACCAGAAACAGAAAUGGAAGAUUCAAAAACAGGCCCGGGCUCGACGUCGUCAACUAUUCGGUGAACGACCCAACGUCGCCACGGAUUCGAUCAGCAGCUUCUUCCGCAACCAAGCCGAGUUGUUGUACAUCAACACUUGGCAUCUUCUUCAGCUGCGCCAAGGUGAUUCACCGGGUGAGGUCACCGCAUUCGUGGCCAUUGGCAGCAAGAUUCAUGCCUUGAAGAUCAAAGUGCCCAGGACUCUCUAUCUCAACCUCAAAGGCGAGGAGCUACCCAACGUGGAGGUGCCCGGCUGCGAAGUUGAAAAAGUGAACCACAUCCUACCCAACGGCCACCCGUCGGUCCAUCUGUUCCAGUUGACCAUGCCAGAAGACGUCUAUUUACGAGAGGCCGAGUCUGUCUCGUUGUUGUGCAACCACCCCAGUGUUGAGGGCGUCUACGAACGUCAGCUGCCUCUCUUUAUGCGUGCCCUGCUCAAAUUGGGCAACAUGUGUUCGUUUGACGAGAGCCAAAAGGGCGUGCUCGGGAAGGGCCUGGAACAGGGCUUUGACCUAUCGGCCCUGCUGAGGAAUGCAUCGCCGUCGACCUAUCUAGAGGAUCCCAGUUCGUUCGCCUUUGUUUACAUCUACCACGUCGCCGCGGGGGACCGCAACGUGUUUGCUCUCUUCUCCACGGCCAAGGCUGAGGCACACAUCAUUGUGCUCAGCCGAGGCCGAGAUGCCCAACUCCCCAAUGCCGACAAGAUCUAUGCCGAACAGUACAGACAAAAGUCUCAGGAUCAGGCGCUGGUCGAAGAUAUCUUCCCGUACCAAUCUCGGCUGGCCUUCAAGGUUUCUCAAGUGACCACCAAAAGAAAAGCCAAUCUGGAGAUGGCAGAUGUGCUCAAACGGUGGCGAUCCGACGAGUCCAAACCGACGCUUCUUCUCCUCCAGACGACUUCCCACAAACAACUGGUUCACGACGUCCGCAUCAUGAAAGAGUAUCCCGUCUUAUGUCUACCCACCGAGCAGGCCGAUGCCGAUUUGCCUUCCCUGGGUUGGCAGGGAUACGCCUUCAAGCAGUUGAUAUCCCACUACUUCAAUGUCGCGGGGUGGCUGACACACUUGAUCGAGCUUGCACGAUACGGGGGGGUGCCGGUGUGCAACCUGGAGAAGGACGAUCCACGAUUUCUCAUCGACCUGGCUUAUGCGCGGAGGCUGAAGAGGAGCAAUGUUGUUCUGUGGUGGUCCGAACAGCCCCGUCCAGAUCAUGCUGGUUAUGAGCGGGAUGACAUUCUCGGUCCGCUCACCGAAGUGGUUGAGAUGCCAUCGAUUAACAAUCCCGGCGCCUAUACUUCGGUGUGUGUAGAUGUUGCCGUCCAGAAUCUCACCAUCAACACCAUCCUGACGUCGUCCAUCAUCAACGACCUCGAAGGAUCUGCCGAAUCGGUGGCGUUCAAUCCUACCGGCGACGCCGACCCUCCUGCCAACUCCAGCAUGGUGAAAUCGACUGGAGGUUUCGCGCAGGCCGCGCUCGAGGUUCUGCGGGAAAUGGUCAAGUCAUGGUGGGCCGAAGCAUGUCGGGGCAACCGCCUGGCCGAUGUGAUGGUUUCGCACCUGGUCCGGUGGGUCGAGGCUCCUGCAUCGUGUCUCUACGAUCGACACUUGCACUACUACGUGCAGAUGAUGUCGAAGAAGGCGCUCCAGCAACUCAUCACCGACUUCCGCCGCGUCGGCUCACAUGUUGUGUUUGCGAGUUCGACGAGAUUGCUCUUGCAGACGUCGAAGCAAGAGGUGGAGAACGCAUACGCGUACUCGCAAUACAUCCUCAAAUCGAUCCAACAAAAGCCACUGUUCCAUUUCCUCGGCCUGGAGGUCAAGGACUACUGGGACGUCCUCCUAUGGUAUGAUGCAUACAAUUACGGCGGGAAAGGAACGUCCACGAUCACCGAGGGCACCACCAAUGCGGACCUUGAGACCAUCGUCCACUGGCAGCUUUCCCAGUUCCUCCCCGUCUCGUUGCAACCUGUGUUCGACGACUGGGUGAUCGCGUUCACCGACUUGUUGCAAACCUUGAAGCGGCCGACGAGCUCGCCGAACGAUACAUCUUCCACGCCCCGACCGAUCCAGUUGCCCUCCGGGUUCCUGAGUCUGACGGAGGACGCGACCAGUAGCGAAGUGACGACAGUGCUGCAGGACGACUUCUCAAAGCCAUUGAAGAAGCAGAUUACCGGGCUGAUUCGACGGCAGCGCGAGGAGUUACUCCAUCCCGAACUGGCGAGUGACUGGUCUUUCCCAUCUUUGCCGGGAGGGACGCUCGAAGCGACAGACGCUCGCCACUCUCGUGAUCCCGUGCUCGAGUUGGUCAAGGCCCUGAUGCAGAUUGUGUCGUUGUCGAAACCUCUGCAACUGGAAGCCCGGCUCCUCCGCAAAGAGCUAUUGAGCCUAUUCGACGUGCGAGAGUUUGGCCAAGAGGCUCGCUUCGAAAACCCCAGCGCCAGUCUCCGGUUCGAGGGUCUGGUAUGCGACACUUGCACCAUGACGCGAGACCUCGACUUGUGUCGAGAUGAAGAUAUCCUGCCUGACUCGGAGAAUGGCGGAGCCGGAGCGGAAGAUGCCACCACCAAGCCGUGGAGGUGUACCAGCUGCCAGAGCGAAUACAACAAAAUCGCGCUGGAAGAGAAGCUGAUUGCUCGAGUCCAGGCGGCGCUGUUGAGCUGGCAAAUCCAGGAUCUGAAAUGCAAGAAAUGCGGCACCCUGCAAGGCGAAGACUCGCUCUUCCGUGACCACUGCACCUGUGGAGGCGAGUGGUGUGCAACCAUGGACCGGACCGACAUUCGCUCGACCUUGGACGUCAUGGACCGAGUCUCUUCGGCGUACGGCUUGCGCAUGCUUUCCGGCGUGGUCGAAGGAGUCAAGACCAUGUGUAUGACUUGA